AUGGCGGUGGACAUAACUAAUACGACCGUCCGCAUAAUUGAGGAGGACUGGAUAGAUCUGUGCGAGGAUGGAUCAUUGCUUGAUCAGACCGCUGUGCGAUUUUCAUUCAUCUUCAUCUACUUAUUCGUAUUCAUCGUAUGUUUACUUGGCAAUGUUUUCACAAUUGUCGUCAUCGCACUGCACCCAACAAUGCGAACCGGUACCAAUUACUUUCUGGCGAAUUUGGCGCUUGCUGAUCUUCUGGUGGCAGUGUUUUGUAUACUGCAGAAUAUGGUGCAUAUAGUGGGAUUCUACCAUGGCAAUUGGACGCUGGGUACGGUACUCAGCGCCUUACGGCGAACUAAUGUGCUAUAUCUACAUCUUCAUGUUACAUUUCAUACCGUGUUUAAGCGUCGGUAUAUUAGUAUGCGUAUCGAUGGAGAAGUAUUUAGACUUCGCAUCUGGGUUACAAUAUCCUUUGUGCUGUGGUAUGUUGUGCCAUUGGCACUAUUAGCAUUGAUGUACACAAAUAUCGGCAUAAUGUUGUGGAGAAGCGGCAGUUGUGUAAUUACCGUAACGCGACCGAGUAAUGAUUCUCAAUGCAAUGCGCCGUCUGGUCUAUCAUCACAGAUGUCAAAUGGAAAGACGACCAUCUGUAGACAAGAAUCACUGCUACAAGUGACUGACGAUUUGGGUGCGAAAAGACGUCAACGUGAUCUAACCGAAACUCGCAGAAAGGUUCAGUAUUCAUCACCACUGCACAACUACGAUAGAGCUACACCUGCAUGGGUUCGUUGUCGUGUUGUGCCAUCACCACCAUCGCAUGUUCACCUACAAAGUUGUAUCUGA